GAAGUCAUCAGCGGCGUGGGUAGACAUUUUUGCCGGGGCCACGAGUUUCACACACAAAGAGGAGGACACUUCUUUUUGAUUAAGAACUUCAAAAAAGGUGUCAAAAUGUAUGAUAUGGGAUGCCAAGAAUCGGAUGAUAAGUUCCGGAAGCUUUUUAUCGGUGGGUUGAGCUUUGAAACUACAGAUGAAACCCUGAGAGCACAUUUCGAAGAAUUCGGAACAGUGAAUGAUUGUGUGGUCAUAAAAGACCGCGAGAGCAAACGACCGAAGGGUUUUGGAUUCAUCACUUACGAAACACAAGAGGGUGCCGAUACUGCACAGAAUAAUCGACCUCACAAACUGGAUGGCAGGCAAGUGGAAACGAAACGAGCUAUGCCCAGAGAAAGUGGGGAAUCAUCUCUAUCGGUAGAGAAAAUGUUUGUUGGCGGGCUAAAUGAGGACACCUCGGAAGAAGAUCUCCGUGCAUCGUUUCAGGAAUUUGGACAAAUUAAAUCAGUAGACUUGAUAAAAGACAAAGCUACUGGUAAAAACAAGAAAUUUUGCUUUGUCUCAUUUGAGGACUAUGAUUGCGUUGAUCAAUGUGUGUUGAGAAAGAAAUUCAAGGUGGCCGGUAAAGAAGUUGAGGUUAAGAAAGCCCUCCCUAAGGACGGGGGAGAAGGUGGUCGCGGAGGAGGCCGUGGUGGAAUGGGAGGAGGUCGAGGGAGAGGCCGUGGUGGUGGUGGCUACAACCAAGGUGGUGGCUAUAACCAAGGAGGUGGUUUCGGUCAGGGAGGUGGCUACGACAACUACAACCAGGGUGGUGGCGGUUAUGGUGGAGGUUACAACCAACAGUAUAACAGUGGUGGUGGAUAUGAUAACUAUGGUGGUGGUUACAGUCAACAGGGAUUCGGCCAAGGGUAUGGGGACAACUAUGGAGGAGGAGCCAUGAACAGGAGCGGCGGUGGCGGCGGACACAGAGCAACACCAUAUGGAAACAGUGGUAGCUACGGCCGAGGAGGCGGUGGUGGUGGCGGAGGAUACAACAGGCGAUGAAUUAUCCAAAACCUCCCAUCAUUAGAACUAUUUCAUUAGACCAUUUUGUAUUGUUCGUGAAGAGAAAAGACUCCGUGAGUGAUAUGACAUACUUAUGUCAUGUCCUUGAAUUGUGUUGUUUAAUUUUGUCAACGGGCAUGAUACAGAACUUGGAAAAAACUUAAAACUGUUUAGAUAUUAUCUCCAGUGCAUGUCACAGAUACUGGUUUCAUUCAGUUUGACAUUUGAGUGUUACUAUAGCACUGGUCUGAUGCGCCAGUGUUUUAUAAAAGCUCUUCGAUUGUUAGACAAUUUGUUACCAUUUUGCAUGGGUAACAUGUAUAAAAAAAUCAAGUAAUAUUAAGAAGUUGUUUCUUCAUUUCAUUUCAUAUCACAAUUAAAUCAUGGAUCAUCUUCGGUACAUCAUGAGUAUAAAUCUAGACAUUGUUGAAAUAACUAAACAUUCUGGAAAUCUAUUUGUGUAUACUGAUCAUAUGUGUCUAGCAAAUUAAAGAUUUGUCAUUUCA